AUGCGGGUGGAGGAGGAGUUGGGGGAGGGGGAGCGGCCCGAGUUACAAGAUGGAGGUGGGCGUACAACGACAUGGUACGAUCGACAAGGAGGUAGCAGAGGUCGGAGCGACGAGCAGGAGAAGUAUGUCCGGAUUGUUUUGUCAACCGCUUUUGGGGGCUUACCUCAUUGGGGGUUUUCAAAGUCAUGUGCAAUCUGGCUUGUGAGUCUUGGGAAAAAGCAGGCAUUCAUUCAAUUGGAGAAACAGACGCGCCUCCGACGGAUGAUGACGCAGGAGCUGACAGCGGGGAUGACUCGGAGUCCGUGUCAUCAUCCGAGUGAUGACCCAUAUCCCCCCUGCACUGUAUUGCGGUCGACAAACAGGCAAACCGCUGGCUUCUGUUCGGGGUCGUCAGCAUCGAGGCAGUUCGGGUCGACCGCCAGGGCUACAGCCCAUCGGGGUAUCAGUCGAGUCAUCGGGACCCUGUCGCCAAUCGAUCCCCCAGAAUCCACCGUGGGUCGUGGUGUCAGCUCCCCUACCGAGUCCUUCCUCAUCCGUGGCGCGGCUGACACCGUCACGGCGCAACCUGCGGACGAUCCUGCGACCGAUCUUCCAACUAAUGCGGUUCUAUCUGCAAGAAACAUCGCACUACAUGCACCUGCUGCGGUGCUUCCGGCCAACGGUGUUUCCGCAGAUCUUGGGGUCGUUCGCGCGGGUAUUCGAGCUGGCGCUAGACGAGAUGCUCCAUCGAUUCCAGGCGCAGGGGUCUCAGGGGUUAGGCAGGUCAACUUCCUUGCGCGCACCUUCGACAGGGUUGCCUGCUCCGAGCCACCCUUCGACGUUAAUCCAGUAUUUGCUCAGCUCACCGACAUUAUGCUUACCGGGAGCGAUGAUACAUAUCCGACGGAAUACGUCCUUUUUGGUGCAUGCUGUAGACUCCCAGCUGUAAAGAGGCUAUACGGGCACCGCCUCGGAGCUGAUGAAGACCACGCUCAACCAAGUGCGCUUACAGGUGCCACUGCAAUCGAAACCUUGGAGCUUCAGCUGCUGUUCGCACGCGCGAUCCACGCCACCUCCCUCUGCCGCCUUGCCAUUGACCACGAGGAUGGUGAUCCGUUUUACUUUCCGGCUGAGGCCGACAGUGGCGACCGCGCCGAGCUACUCUCUUUCGUCGGCUUUACUUCCCUUACUCACCUGCGUGUAGCUCCUAUCUUCCUCUUCGGACGUACGGCCCUGAUGGAUUACCUGGGUCUGCGGACGAGGACGAAAUAUUGA